GCUUGAAUACGUUUUCGCGAUCGUGAAAAACUCCGAAGUCUGUGCAUACCAGCGAACAAGACAUACUCUGGUCGCGAUGGCGGCGAUGAAUGGCGCAGCCGGCCUCAUGGAGGCGAUCUCGGCGCGCCUACGCCGCGGUGACGUCACGCUGGAGCGGGCCGACAGCAGCGGCGACCUGUCGGCCGGGCCGGCAGAGCUGCGCUGGCACGACGCGCCCAUCGCCACGUACAGCGGCGAGCAGCGCCUCUUCCGCUGCGGUCAAUGUCCGGUCACGGCCUUCGUGGCCCGCCCCAUGGCAGAACACUGGCUGGGCACGCACGCCGACUUCAAGGCGUUCCAGUGCCCGCACUGUCCGUACAUGAGCUCGUGGCAGCGCUGCGUGCGCAUGCACCUGGUGCGCCACCACGGCGACCGCGUCUCGGAGGUGUCCGAGUUCAACAACAGCAACGUCAUGACUGAGAUCCUGGACCGGCUGGCGGUGCUGAAGCGGCAGGGCGAGCAGCAGGCGCCGACCUCGCCUUCCGAGGAGGAGGCGGCCGACGGCGCCGAGGAGGCGUCCGGCAAGCGGCACCACUGUCCCUACUGUCCGUACUCGACACACCGGCGCGACCUCUACAACCGACACGAAAACAUUCACAAGUCGGACAAGCCGUUCCAGUGCUACAUCUGUCAGCGCAUGUUCAACCGUGCGGACCACGUGAAGAAACACUUUCUGCGCAUCCACCGCGACGACCCGUACGACGUGACUCGCAUUCGGCGCAUCCCGCCCAAGACGCUGACGGCGCAGGUGUACUACACUCGCGCGCCGGCCAUCGCCGCCGAGCGGCACAUCAAGCCACGCGCCAAGGCGACGCCGCCGCCGCCCUCACCGCCGCUGGCCCGCGAGGAGACCAAGCCGCUCGUGCUCAGCCCGAACGCGAGGAAGGAGAACCGCCAGCAGCCGCUGGGCGGCUCGGUGCCGGUGUCGGACGCGGCAGACGAUGGGGCCGGCGGUGACGCGGCCGAGCCUGCCGAGCGGGCCGGCCGCCAGGGCUCUUUCGCCUGCGCCGAGUGUCCCUGGCGCGGCUUCGACUCGUGGUGCCUGAAGCGGCACAUGAACACGCACACAAAGCCCUACACGUGCCCGCUGUGUCCGUACAAGGCGGCGCGCUCGGAGCGACUCACCUGGCACGCCUCCAAGGUACACGCCAAGAAGAUCUGCAUCAAGUGUUUCUUCGUCUGCGACGACCCGGUGGCGCUCAGCAUGCACCAGCUCAACACCCAUCAGAACGGUCAGAGUCGGCAGGGCUUCACGUGCGUCAUGUGCGCCAGCAGCUUCCAGCUGCACGCCGAGCUGGAGGCGCACAUGGUGACCGACCAUGGCCGUCAGAUGCUCGACUGCGCCGUCUGCCUGUUCCGCACCACGGACCCGGCCGUGCUGACCGACCACGUCCGGUACAGCCACCAGCGCGGCAGGGGCAGCCCGCCGCCCCGGUCGCGGCCCCGGCGGAGUCCCGCAGGGGACGGCGUCCUGCUGGCCGGGCCGGCCGGCUGCGGCGCCGCCUCCGGCUAG